AUGUGUGUGGAUAGUAGAGCUAUCAAUAAGAUCAUAGUGCAAUAUCGAUUUCCUAUUCCUCGUCUGGAGGACAUAUUGGACCAGUUGUCAAGGUCUACAAUAUUCUCCAAAAUAGAUCUCCGUAGCGGGUAUCAUCAAAUCAGGAUCAAGGAGAGAGAUGAAUGGAAAACCGCAUUUAAGACUAAGAAGGGGUUAAACGAGUGCCUCGGAAGGUAUAAUUUACACUCUGUUAGCUCGGAAGGAAUUCAUGUUGAUGACAGAAAGAUUGAGGCCAUUCGAAAUUGGCCUAUUCCCAAGAACAUCACUGAAGUUCGUAGCUUUCAUGGUCUCGCUACUUUCUAUCGGCGGUUCAUUAGGAACUUUAGCAGCAUCGUCGCUCCCAUCACCAAUUGUUUGAAGAAGGAGAGAGUUCAUCAAUUUGUGUGGACAAAAGCUGCAAACAAAAGCUUUGAAGAGAUCAAAGAUAAGCUUACUUCCGCCCCUAUUCUUGAUUUACUUGAUUUUGAUAAAUGGUUUAAGGUUGAUUGUGAUGCUUGUGGGAUUGUGGAUGUGCUGUCGAUGCUUGUGGGAUUGGAAUUGGUGAAAUGGUCUACCUAUGAGCAAGAGUUGUAUGCAGUUCUUCAAGCUUUCAAGACUUGGGAACAUUAUUUGUUGGGGCAUGAAUUCAUUAUUUACACUGAUCAUCAGUCUUUAACUCAUUUUCAAACUCAGAAGAAAGUGAGCAUGAUGCAUGCGCGUUGGGCAACUUAUUUUGGUGCUUUCCAUUAUGUCAUUAAGCACAAAUCAGGCUGUGCAUCCCUCAGUCUUCCCUUUGGGAAAGUUAAUCUGAGAAAUCCAUGGUGGAGGAUUGAGUGGACACUAGGGGCGAGACAAGACUAUUGCUGGGUUAGAGGCUCGAUUUUAUUGGCCACAAUUGAAGAAGGAAGCAUGGAAGCUAGUACAGAAAUGCUCAGUUUACCACAAAUUCAAUGCGGACCUGACUCUGUUAUUGUUGUUGUAGACAGGUUCUCCAAGAUGGCACACUUUAUACCUUGCAAACAAACUAAUGAUGCCUCGCAUAUAGCAAAGUUAUUUUUCCAGGAGAUUGUUCAGUUACAUGGCAUUCCCAAAACCAUCACAUAUGAUCGAGACACAAACACUACCGCACACCUCCAAACUGAUGGACAAACUGAAGUAGUGAAACGGACCCUUGGUAAUCUCCUUAAGUGCAUUUGCAGCGAGAAGAAGAAGAUAUGGGACCUUGCUCUUGCCCAAGCAGAAUUUGCUUACAAUAGUUCGAUCCAUAGCGCCACCAAGAUGUCCCCUUUUGUAAUUGUCUACCGGAAGGUACCAGUCCAUACUCUUAAUCUCCUUUCCCUUCCAAUAGGUGUAGAGAAGAGUAUUGCAGCUAAUAACUUGGCUACCGAGCAUAUGGAGCAAUUCAUCACUGCUGUCAAUGAAAAACAUAAAGCUACAGCUGAUAAACACCGGCUUUAUAAAUCUUUUACCGUGGGUGAUUGGGUCAUGGUCUAUCUUUGCAAAGAGCGCGGCGGAGGACAGAAGAAGCUUGAUUCUAAAAAGAUUGGGCCAUUUGAGGUACUUAAGAAGAUUAAUGCUAAUGUCUAUGUGCUUGACCUGCCCGAAGACAUGAAGAUUUCUAGGACUUUCAAUGUUGCUGAUUUAUUCCCUUUCUAUCCCGAUGAUGAUCACUCGAGGUCAAGUUCUUUUGAAGUGGAGGGGAUUGAUGCGGAGCAACUGUCACUUAAAUAUAUGGAAGACUUGGAUCGCUGCAAACCCAAGAAGAAGGGGCACGACUGUGGCAUUUCCAGCACGCCUGUGCCAACCUCUGGAAGUCCAGGACGUGAGACACGCCCAAGCCUAAGAAGCACAAGCAUGCCCGUGUCACAGCCAGCUUGCCCAUGCUAG